AUGGUCCGGAAGAGCAGCAGCAGCACUCGCCCCCGUCGCUCCAUCAGUGCGUUAGUGCGAGCCGAAGACGCGGCAGAGGAAGAGAUCCUCGAGACGCCAGCGCUCAGCUCCGUUGCGGUCGCUGAUCGUGGGUCCAACAGUGAGAGCGACGACGAUGUUAAUGACCGUGACACUGUUGAAGCAGAAGCUGCAAUCGAGCGUCGGCUCGUGGCUGAGGCUCAGGCGGAAGCAGCGACUGAUUCGAGCGCUUUAAAGUCCGAGAACAAGCGCGUGUACAAUACCGAGGCGCUGCUGGCGCUGGUGCAGGAGUGGGACGCCAAGCCGCUGCCGUGGAUCGAGACCCUGGAGACAUGUACCGCUCCUUUGGAGCUCGAGAACGUGCACGACGAUCUGAAGCGGGAAGUGGCGUUUUACACCAAUUCAAUCGCUAUGGUGCGUGAGGCGAAAGACCGACUGAAGCAGGACGGCGUGGCGUACAAGCGGCCGGACGAUUAUUUCGCCGAGAUGCUCAAGAGCGACGCGCACAUGGCCAAGGUCAAGGACAAGCUCAUUUAUGAGCAGAAGAAGAUCACGGCAGUCGAAGAGCGCAAGAAGUCACAGGCGCAUCGGAAGGUGGCGAAAGAAGUGCAGGCGGAGAAGAUCAAGGAACGGAACAUGCAGAAGAAGGAGACGCUCGAAGCUGUGAAGCAGUGGAAGAAGAGGAAAGGCAAAGACACACGCAGCGGCCUCAAGGAUGGUGACGAUGGCGAGCUUGACUCGAUCAUCGUGAGUGGCAAGCGGAAGCACACGGGUGGAGACCGUGACAAGGGGAGCAAAAAGCCACGGACGAACAAGACUCGAGAGGCCAAAGAUGCAAAGUUUGGCUUUGGGGGCAAACGUCGCCAUGCCAAAAGUAACACGAAGGAGAGUACGAACGAUAUCUCGGGCUUCUCGGGUGCACGAAAAGGCAGCAGGACCAAGGGUCAAGCUACACCGAAAGGAGGCAAACGUGCUGGCAAGACUCAGCGCACGACUCAGCGCACAAAGGGCCGACGGUAG